AUGCCAUCACCAAUUAAACGGGAAGACGAGUUACCAAAUGGCUUGAGCCCCAGGCUGCCCGCACUGCCGCCGCUUAAGACCGGUCGAUAUUCGACUCCAGAGAAGACAUCGCCUGGGAAGAACGGAACGCCAGUGUCAAUAGGAUGGUCGCAAAUCAAUGGGGGCUCAUUGUUGUCCAAUGCUGUACCUUCAAGUCCAUCUCUCUCUAGUCUUGGUUCGCCAAGUCCGCAAUCGCUCCACAGUGGUCGGAGUGGGAAAAGACGUCCUCCACCACCAAGCUUCUUUGAAUCAAGUCAACCGUCUGCAAAAGCAUACUCCGGAACGAAUACGUCUAGCCCGAGGACUCCAGCGUUCUACAAAUCUCCUUUUGUGGGUGAAGAUACGAUUUCUGUGUCCAGAUCACCCAACGAACGUACACCUUCGAAAAAAAGUUACAAAUCACCAUUUGUCGGAGACAGUAGCGUUCUUAUUUCCACGACGCUAGGAUCAGACAAGUCUAAGUGGAUUGCUGACGAGCAAUUCAAUCAAAACACGGAAAAUAGCAUUGACAUGACGAAUAGCCUUAAAGCGCUGCCGCCUCUACCCAUGAAAAAGUCCAACAGCAAACAACAACCUUCUGACAAAUCUGAUGCGGCAACAACUUAUUGGCCGCAACGUGAAGACCUGACUGAAAGACUGGACCAGCCAUUUCGUCCUUUUGCGGGGCUAUCAACAGAAUCCAGCAACACGAGAGCCAUCUCCGACAGUAUUAGCAGUUACUAUUCAAACUCAAAGUAUGCUUUCAACGAUGAAAUUACGCAAGAAAGGAGUUUUGACUCUGUAGUUGGUAAUAGGCCGCUUCAGCAAAUACCCAGCAUAACGGUACCGAUGCAGCCGUUUACGAUUGACCAUUUGGAUGAAAACAAACUCUUUCAAUGCUAUAACGUUUCCUUGCUAUCGGACAUAUAUGAGUGGCUCCUGAAAGUUUAUUUCGAAUGGUUCAAUGAAUACGUGUUUCGCAAAAUCGAAUUCUACCAAAUGGUGCAACUUUUACUUGAGUUUCAAUUACCGGCCUCUUGUAACCAGGAUGUUGUGGAUUCCAGUGUGGAUAAAGUAAUAGAGUCUUUGGUAUUACAGGGUGCGGUGCGUUUUGAGACCGAUACCGAAGAUUCUUUUAAUGACGAAAUCACUUUCAUUGUAGCUGGUCUACCGAUCCAAGGUGUAUUCACAAGCCUACUUCCAUGUUAUUCGUGCGAUGUCAAACAAUCUUCGGAUAAACAGCACGAAUAUUGCUACUGUUCAAGGUGUCCUUUGAAGUACAUGAAGCAGUCUAGGCCAGCUCUCAAAUUGUCAGAAAUUAUCAAUAAGUCAGUUGGCCUGUGGAGCGAUUAUUGGAAAUUGUCUUCAGAGGAGCUUGCAGAACUCAAUCCCCGUGAGGUCAGCCGCCAAAGUUUUAUUUUUGACUUGAUCAUUUUGGAACAAAGAUCACUUAACCUGGCACACGCAGCUAUCGAAGUAUAUGGCAAAAGAUUCAAUAAGUCAAUGCUCCCGCAUGAUCCCGAAUUUAGUAAAUUGGCGUUCGAUUGUUUUGAACCUAUGAUAGAACUACACAAAGAAUACUUGCUGUCGCCAAUUUUUUGGAAACUAAAAUCGCAAGGAAAAUUCAUUGAUGGAAUAGGAAAGAUGUACUUGCAAUGGUGCAAUGCAGCAUGGGACUUGUAUAUACAAUAUGCCGAGUCUAUGGCCAUAGUUCAUGAUGUCAUAAAAUGGGAAAAGGAUCAUGACACGGUGUUUUCCCUGUGGCUUAAAAAGGUCGAUGAAUCCCCUGAAAUCUCAAGAUCUAAACUGUACCAUGAUGUAGUCUUUUUUGGAGGGUUUUUCAAGUCGCUGCAGAAUAUCCCGAUUACCCUUAACUCCAUUCUCAAAUGCACAGAUAAAUCGCUCGAAGACUAUGAAUACUUGGUGUUAGCCAUAAAGGAGAUUGAAAGAUUGAACGCUACUGUUAAUCGAGUUCAUGGCGCAGCAGUUGAUCAAAGAAAACUUGUUAGACUUUCAAGACAGCUUGCAAUAAGCACAGGGCGUAACAGUAGCACAAUCGGCUAUGUUAAUAUCAGCAAUGAUGUAUCCAGUCCAUCAAUAGGUCAGGAAAAGUUGGAUCUUCGUCUGAGCGAAAAAUCCAGAAAAAUUAUAAAAACCGGAACCCUUCACAAGAAAAGAGAGUUAUGGCUGGAAAAUUCCCCAGUGUAUCUAAUUCUUUUGGAUAACUACCUUCUCAUGACUGAAGUAGUGACAAAAGGCUCAGAUACGAAAUUUAGACUCUGUGAAAGGCCUAUUCCAAUUGACUAUCUUAGUCUAGAAGCCAAGGAAGAUGCGUCCUUGUCCAGGUAUAACCUGAAUAGACCUGCUGCAUCGGAUCGUCCCACACCUGUGCAAUCCAACCUUCGCGAAGAAGAUUCUAACUCGAAAAACGUCAGGCCCGCAUAUGUAAGCUCCAAAAGCCUCACCUCUUACAGGCCGAUGUCUGCUUAUCUUUCAAGCCCUGUCGGCCAAGGAAGAAAUGAGCUUUUUGAUCAUCAAGAAGCGGCUGCUUCACUCAAAAUUCGAAACACCGCGACGAAUGAAUCUUUUAGUUUUUAUGCGUCCAGCAUAGAGGAAAAAGAAACAUGGGUUACUGCUUUAGUUUCAUCUUUCACAUCACAUCUCGCUAACAACAGCUCAAGAAUAUACGAACUCGCGUGUAUCACUGACAUGUUUAGUUACGAGGACGGACAAGCUCCUACCAACCUGCCUAUCGUGCAUGAAGGAAGUGCAAUUGCAGAAGCUCUAGGAAACUUUUAUGGAAAGGAACAUCAAGCUCCUACCAGUGUUCAAGCGGAUGUAAGAUGCACCGCUCAAUUGCACUUCGAGGGAAAGACGUUUUUAUUGUGUGCCGCCAAUUACGGUAUUUACAUGACAAUUAUGAGCAAAACCGGCGAAGGGUGGAAACAAAUUAUCGUAUUACCAAAAAUCACUCGCAUGGAAGUGAAUGCGCGAUUGAACUUACUGUUUGUAUUAGCAGACCGUAGGUUGUGUCACUUCAAUAUUCCCAGCAUUAUCUGUGCAUACUUUGGUGCCAUUGAAUAUUUGCCUGAGAAUCAAAUAACGGGAGUUCUACUUCAAGAGAAGGUAGGGUUUUUCAAGUCUGCUGACGAUUUUGGUAACUUGCGCCAGAUUUUCUAUGAGCGGAAAGGGAAAAUUGUGGUUCUUACGCCCGAGUUCGACAGGCUGACAAAGAAACUAAAAUUCUUCAAGGUCUACAAAGAAUACAGACUGCCCGGUGCCACCAAUGGGCUGUUAUCUGCAGAAAUUCGGGAUAUUGUGAUUUUUGCUAAAAGCUUUAUUGUGUGCUCGUCUAGAGGUGCACUUCUCUUCAACGAAUCUUUCAAUGACGAAGGCUUGACAUUACCAAGUUUCAAUAAUGACAAAAAAGCUAUGGGGCAAAAACAUCAUUUUCCUCAUCAUCCGUUCAAAUCCAACAAAGAAACUCUUUCGAAAUCUAAUUCUUCCAAGCAAAAGAUGGCAGAGUAUGUCAAGACAGAUAUUGUGAACCGCAAGACCGCUUCUCUAGGCUGUUUUCGGCUGAAUGAGGACAACUUUGUGAUCAUUUACGAUGAAGCGGUUGUAAGGAUCAAUAAGACCGGCCAGAUACCCAAUUGGAUGUCUGACGUGCUGGUUCUAGACUUCUACUGCAUGUCAGUCGCUUUUUCAGACGGGUUUUUAACAUUAUUCGGAGAAAACCUAAUACAGGUUUAUGAUCUCAAUUACGCCGGUACAGUUCUUCAAGAAAAGCUAAGCAGGCUUACGCCUGUUCAGAUCAUAAAGGGUAAAAAGAUAAAGCUUCUCAGCUCCGAUCUUAUGGAAAGUCCAGUUAUCACUCUGAGUCAUCCCUACAUACCUGGCAGGCAACUGGUGCUAGGGUUCCAAAGAAACGUUUAA